CAGCCGACGGAGACUACGUGUGUGCGUAAGCGGAACAACGAGGAGAAAAGCUACGGGCCAACUCACAUGCUGGUUGGGUCCAGAGCGUGGCUGGGACCUUCCAUUCAAGGCGGGGGGGGGUGUUUAGGCGGACGAAACCAUGGGGAAGCUGAACGUCGUUUUGCUUCGCUAUCUUUCCCGAGAACACUUCAGAGUACUAACUGCGGUGGAAAUGGGCAUGAAGAACCAUGAAAUAGUCCCUGCCAGCUUGAUUGCCUCCAUUGCUAGUCUCAAACAUGGGGGGUGUAACAAAAUUUUGAGAGAAUUAGCAAAGCACAGGCUCUUGGCUUAUGAACGAACUAAAACUGUCCAAGGUUAUCGAUUAACUAAUGGAGGAUAUGAUUACUUAGCCUUGAAAACUCUUUCUUCUCGACAAGUUAUCUGCUCUGUUGGAAACCAGAUGGGCGUUGGAAAAGAAUCAGAUAUUUAUAUUGUUGCAAAUGAAGAAGAGCAGCAACUUGCGUUGAAGCUGCAUAGACUUGGGAGGACAUCCUUUCGGAAUUUAAAAAACAAGCGUGAUUACCACAAGCACAGAAACAAGAUGUCCUGGCUAUACCUUUCGCGUCUUGCUGCAAUGAAGGAAUUUGCCUACAUGAAGGCUUUGCAUGAUAGAAAAUUUCCUGUUCCAAAACCAUAUGACUACAAUAGACACGCAGUCGUAAUGGAACUUGUCAAUGGUUACCCUUUAUGUCAAGUCCAUCAUCUUGAAGACCCUGCCUCUCUGUAUAGCGAGCUAAUGGAAUUAAUUGUGAAACUUGCCAACCACGGAUUGAUCCAUGGUGAUUUCAAUGAGUUCAAUCUCAUGUUGGAUAGUGAAGAUCGAGUCACAAUGAUUGAUUUCCCGCAGAUGGUGUCAACAUCUCACCCAAAUGCUGAAUGGUACUUUGACAGAGAUGUGAAAUGCAUUCGUGACUUCUUUAUGAAACGUUUCAGCUAUGAAAGUGAACUCUAUCCAACUUUCAAGGAUGUAAGGAGGGCAUGUUCUCUUGAUGUCGAAAUUGCAGCUAGCGGUUACACCAAAGAAAUGCAGGAAGAUGAUGAGCUUCUUCACCCAGCCGGCCCUCAUGAUGAGGGCAAUGAAACUGCGUGUUCUCCCGGUGCACAAGGUUCUGAAGGGGCAGAAACACUAUGUAGCGGCACAGAUCAAAAGACCGAAGGGGACUUCACAGAGGAGGUUGAAGAUGCCACCAAAGAUUUGGGGCAAAGCAGCGAAGAAGAAGAAGAAGAAGAAGAAGAAGAAGAAGAAGAAGAAGAAGAAGAAGAAGAAGAUAGCGCAGAUGAAAGUGAGCAGAGUUUAGAUUUGCGGGAGUUCGCCUGUGCCUUACAACAAGCUGAAGGGCAAAUUAUUGCUGCUCGAGACAGGGCUAAUGCAGGCUGCUCUGUAAUUGAUUUUUCUGAGGAUGAAAAGAAAAUUGAAAAAUCUACCAAAAUUGAAGAUCAAACAGGUCAGGGAGAAGAGCCUGCUGACAAGGACUGCGAAGAUGAAUGCCCUGAUCUGGUUGACUUGUCAACAUUAAACAGAGAAUUCAGGCCUUUCAGAAAUGAGGAAAGCCUAUGUCACAUCAAUGACCACAGGACAAGAACUACUAGCAUGACUUCAGUAGGCAGUAUGGGAAGUCGUUCAACAAUUCCUCCAGAGCUGAUAAAACAAAAGAUCAAGCGCCAGCUGACGAAACAGCAAAAAGCCGCUCUGAGACGGCGGUUGCAGAAAGGAGAAGCAAACGUUUACACAAAACAGCGACGGGAACACAUGCACAACAUCAAGUCGAGUUUGGACACAGCCAGCUUCUGGGGCUGACAUCCUACAGAAAGAUCUUCCUUCUUUCCCCAUGCCUUGCAAAUCAAUGAAAGAGAUGGCUUUCUGCUUAACCAA